AUGGAGGAUCAAAAGCAUACAACAGAUUUUACGAUUGAGAUAGAUAACUUCUCCCAGAGGAAAACUAUGAUAUCAUCACCAAACUUCUUAAGCGGCGGCUGCGAAUGGUACGUUAAGGUUUUGCCCAAAGGAGAUUGUAUUAAUGAUCGGCACGUGCAUAUAUACCUCUGCGUUGGAAAUCCUGAAUCAUUACGACCUGGAUGGAAAAUACGAACUAGAAAUUCAUUCGUUGUGUUGAAUCAAUCAGGCAAAGAGCUCUACAGAUUAGAAGGGUUUUUAUUGGACAAGAAUAAACUGACUUUGAAAGUCCAAGUAAAAGUAGUUGAAGUUGUUGAUGAAGGAGAGGUAACUGGGAAUGAGAUGUUGGAGUUCAAGGGUUUCCAAGUUCCUUAUUCCAAGGUGUCCUCGUUGACUAGGCUUUUCAAGGAUCACCGGAACAUUGCCAAGAAUUUCAGAGAAAAGGACCAGUUGGUGAAGACAUCAUAUAUGAUCGACCUCCUGGAUCUCAUCGAGACACUGAACAAGCCUCCAUAUAGCUUAUCUGAGACUGAGCUAAGAAACGCUCUAAGGAAGUUGAUGGAGCUAAAAGAAGUGGGCUUCAAAGUAAACUGGUUGAAGAAAAAACAUGAUGAGAUCCAAAAACGUGAGUCCAACAAGACUAUGAUAUCUGACCUGAAUAAGGGGACCAAGGCUAUUUGGCUUGAUGGUGUUGUUCACUCUUGGAAAGUAAGAGUGAGGGGUUUGGUGAUGUUGCAAGUGAUCAAAACACCAGGGAAGCAAAUGUUUCUGCAAAUUGAGCUUACAGUAAGAGAAGUAGAACUCAUGGAGUACGGUUUACGGACAUGA